AUGGCUUAUAGACGUAAUGCUGAACCCUAUUCUCCUGUUACUAUUAAUACAUCAUCCCCUUCGAUUCGUCAACAGCAACCAAAUCCUCCUACUCCACGACAAUCUCAAGCAUUAUUUUCGACUGUACCUUCUUUUCCUCUUCCAAUGACUUCUACUAAUUCUACUGCUAAUGGUUCUUCUUCUUCAACAAAUAUUACUCCUACUAAUCCAAAUAUUACAACAAACACUAUUAAUAAUAUUACAACAAACGCACCGGCAUUAUCACCUCCAUUAACUUCCACUACAUAUCGUACACAACAACAGCAGCAGUCAAUAUCAACUCCUUUACUAUUGCAACCACAAUUAUCACCUUUACUACCACCACUCCCGCCUCAUUUAUCACCAUCACAAUUAUCACCGUCAAUAAAAUCAGAACAAGUACAACAACAACAAAUCUCGCCUUUAGUACCGCCAUCAUCAUCGCAUCAACCACUUUUACCACCUUUAUCUCUACCACAACAUUACACUAACAAUAUUAAUAAUAACUUACACUCCAAUGCGCCACCACCAUCGUUAACACAUUCUUCUGCUUCUACUGUACACACUCAUACUCCGCCUUCUUCUGUUACUCCUUAUAAUAGUUAUCGCCAAAAUUCUCUAAUUCCCAUAAAGCAAACUACCUCGCCACCUUUAACUCCAUGUAUUAAUGGCUAUGAUGUUACUAAUCCUAACAAUAUUGCUAAUGCUCCUUGGUCACUUUACGGAUUAGAUUGGUCAAAAAGACCUGGUGAUGAAUCUUUUAGAUUAGCAAUAGGAAGUUUUAUUGAAGAAUAUUCAAACAAGAUUGAAAUAAUUACAUUAUCAGAACUUGCCUAUGAUGAUCCAUAUCUUCCACGUCCAAUGGCAUCAGAUUUUGUUAGAAUAGCUGAAGCAGAUCAUCGAUAUCCUAUAACAAAAGUACUUUGGGAACCAUAUAAAGGUGGAUCAACACCUGAUUUAUUGGCAACAACUGGUGAAUAUCUAAAAUUAUGGGAAAUUAUAGAUGAUGCUGGUGGAAAUAAUGUAGGGAAUACCAUUGGAGCAAAUCAUCAUCAUAUAGGAUUCAAACAGCAAAGACUUGUGGAAAGACAAGAAUUAAAAAAUCAAAAGGCAGACUUCAAAGCACCUUUAACAUCAUUUGAUUGGAAUGAAAUGGAUCCAUCAUUGGCAGUCACAUCUAGUAUAGAUACAACAUGUACUGUAUGGAAUGUUGAAACAGGUCAAGCAAAAACUCAAUUGAUAGCUCAUGAUAAAGAAGUUUAUGAUGUAGCAUUUCUUACAAAUGCAACUGAUGUUUUUGCUAGUGUUGGAGCUGAUGGAAGUGUAAGAUUGUUUGAUUUAAGGUAUGAACAUUCUACCAUACUUUAUGAAGCGUCAUCACCUCAAACUACAUUAUCAUCAAAAAUGUAUAAUCCACCAAAUAACAAUGAACUGCUUCGUUUAUGUUUCAAUAAAAUAGCUCCAACUUACAUAGCCACGUUUCAUAUGGAUUCAUCAGAAGUCAGAAUAUUAGAUAUUAGGUCACCAGGUGCAUUAGUGGCAGAGUUGGCUGGUCACAAGGCAUCUGUGAAUUGUGUUAAUUGGUCACCAAAUUCAUCAAAUAGUUUGUGUAGUGGUGGAGAUGAUUGUCAUGUUAUUGUAUGGGAUCUGGGAGAUUCGUCACCACCCAAAUUUCAUCAAGAUCCUUAUUUGGCUUAUAGAGCACCAGCAGAAAUAAGUCAAUUAAGUUGGAGCACUAAGUGUCCAGAGUGGAUAGCUGUAGUAUUUGGUGAUACUGUACAGGCAUUAAGAGUAUAA